AUGAGGUUGUUUUCGCUGAUUCUUUGCGCAAUAUGGCCAAUUACGCUUGCCCUGGGUGCUUCAUCAAAGGGCGGAGAUAAAUAUCCGAAAUUCAGGGCUGCGUCAAGGUCUACUGGCGCAGUAACUCUGGACGAUGCAAGCUAUCAUGAACUCACCGCGGCUCCUCGAGAUUACCAUACUGUUGUGCUCUUGACGGCCCUGGACUCGCGAUUCGGAUGUGAUGUCUGCAAGAUGUUCCAGCCUGAGUGGGAACUCCUCAGUCGGACGUGGAGCAAGGCUAAACUUGGAGACUCAAAGUUGGUCUUUGGUACGCUCGACUUCCUCGAUGGGAAAGGCACAUUCCAGCAGCUCAAACUUCAAACUGCACCGAUCGUGAUUCUGCUGCCGCCUUCCUCUGGCCCAGGCUCCGGGAACAAGCCGGCUCGAUAUGACUUUAGCAGUCCUGUCACUGCGGAGCAGAUGCACCUAUGGAUUAGCCGUCACCUCGCUGGAGUCCCAACACCAAAGCUUGUUCGACCGAUAAACUACACCCGAAUGAUGGGGAUGCUGAUAGGGAUGUUAGCGGUCAUAUCCCUUAUCACUGUAUCUUCCAAAUAUGUUGUGCCAAUUUUGCGAAGUCGCAACCUAUGGACAGCCUUGAGCCUCCUUGCGAUUUUGCUCUUUACUACUGGCCACAUGUUCAAUCAUAUCCGCAAGGUACCGUACGUUGCUGGUGAUGGUAAGGGGGGAAUCAGCUACUUUGCUGGAGGAUUCCAGACCCAAUUCGGCCUGGAAAGUCAGAUUAUAGCUGCUAUCUAUGGUGUUUUAUCCCUUGGCUCCAUAGCUCUCGCUAUGAAAGCACCGAGAAUACUGGACCCUCAGUCGCAGCGAGUCACUGUAAUUCUCUGGAGUGCUGUGACCUGGGUCAUGUACAGCUUCCUUAUUAGCCUUUUCCGUGUAAAGAACGGUUCGUACCCACUCUCAAUUCCUCCAUUUUAA